AUGUCCGGCCCAGCAACAGAUGUUCGCCAUCGCUUCGCGCACCGUGGAUGCCUCACCGGCAACGUGGACAGUGAAUACCGUCCUAUGAAUGAGUCCGAGCCAGUGUUCGCCUUCUCCAAGAUCUUCCGGUUGUCUGACAAGGCUAAUCGCGGACGCCCGCCGUCAUUGAAUACCAUGAGCACUUUGUUUACUUUUGCUUUCGUGCAGGACCCUGUUGUCCAGUUUGCCGCUGCUCGAGGGCUGACGUUCAUGCGUCCUCUAUGGGCGUCUUACUUUGCGACGUCACACGACUUGAUCGGUUACCACUACGCAGACUUUGACAUCGCUUCCAGAUUCGCCAACGACUUCUCCCGGAAGUUGGACGAGGAUGCCGAAGCCUCCGGCCCUCCCGAUUAUCGUAGCAUCGUUUCCUUGUCGGCUCGACAGGUUCUGGGAGCGACCCAGUUUUCCGGAACGCCUGAGAACCCAAUGCUCUUUCUCAAGGAAAUCUCGUCCAACGGCAACUUCCAGACAGUCGACGUGAUUUUCCCCGCGUUUCCCUUUUUCAUCUAUACCAAUCCGAGGUGGCUAGGAUACCUCCUUGAACCGCUCCUGGAGCACCAGCUGAGCGGCCAGUACCCGAACGACUACAGCAUGCAUGACAUUGGAUCACACUUUCCCAACGCGACAGGUCAUGCGGAUGGCAAAGACGAGUACAUGCCCGUGGAGGAGUGUGGUAAUAUGUUGAUAAUGGGUCUUGCUUUCGUCAACUCGAUGCGACAAGGCUCCCACCCAGCAUGGGCCUCGUCAGUCGUCGGCCAGCCUGGCCGCGAUGAACUGCAACACAGCCUUGGCCUGUUGCAGGUUGACGGCCUCGGCGUUGACAACCCCCCAACAGUGGGCGACGGAGCAAGCCGGGAUCUCGCGGCGGACUGGGUCCAGAGAUCCUACCAACUAUGGGAGCGAUGGGCUGGCUAUCUCGUCCGCGAAUGCCUCAUUCCUCGGAACCAGCUGAGUACCGAUGACUUUGCGGGCUGGCUCGCCAACCAGACAAACCUAGCCCUCAAAGGCAUCAUCGGCAUCAGAGCCAUGGCAGAGAUGGCGCUGGUGGUUGGGGAGAAGGAAGUUGCCCAGCACUACAAGGAUACUUCACGCGCCUAUAUUGACAAAUGGCUGGAGUAUGGUAUAUCACGGGACGGGACUCACGCGAAGCUGGCCUACACCUGGUAUGGCUCCUGGACGACUCUUUACAACCUCUUUGCCGAUUCACUGCUCUGCUUCCGCGUCUCGGGCAACGCCGCUUCAAUCGCCCCAGGGCCGCAGAAGCCGCUCAGCCGGCGCGCAGCCGACGCCUUGGUCCCGGACCGGGUGUACCGCAUGCAGAGUCAGUGGUACAAGUCAGUCCUCCAGCGGUACGGCUUGCCGCUUGAUGGCAGGCAUCUGUAUGCGAAAAGCGACUGGGAACUCUUCGCAGCGGCGGUGGCAAGCAGGGAGACGCGCAAAGCCGUGGUGAAGAGCAUGGCUCUAUGGGUCAACGAGACAGUGACUGAUCGCCCCCUGACCGACUUGUACGACACCGAAGGCCAGGGCGAUUACUCGCCGACGAGAUUCAUGGCGCGACCGGUGGUAGGCGGACAUUUUGCGAGGCUCGCAUUGGAGCAAGCUUGCAACGGAAAGGCGACGCAAGCGUUGGAGUUUCUCGAGACGGGGGACGAGGUACGCAUUGACGCAAAGGGCGCGUUGCAGGCGGACGCUGCUACCGGGCAUCACGUCUAUCCGGCGAUGGACCUGUGA